UUGUGAUCAUCGUUCGUUGGGCGGGCGGGGUAGCUGAUGGUGGUUGGGAAGGCAUCCCCGCACUCAAUAGCAAGAGUGUACACAGAAGCCUCGGUCAUCACCUCGGCUGCUGCGUACUCGGUGUUACACAGCCCUCGAAAAUUAGCACCGAAGAAAGUGCAGAAUUCUCGGCGACAACAACGCUUGACGCUGGAACUGUCAUACCCCUGCAAGGUCACGCGAGCCCCGCAAAGAACCUCCAAUUUGACCCCUGGAGAUAAGCCAUGCCGUACGAAAUUGUCCCCGUGCAAUUGACGCACGAGCUCGCACAUCUCAACCCUUUCCGUUCCGCGCUCGAUGAGGGUGGCGAGGAGCUGGGGCAUGUCGUCACCGAGGCGUCCAUCGCUGGCGGCGGGCGGCGCGCCGAGGACAGAAAAGGGCUGCACGUCAGCCAUGCGCUGCGCUCCUUCCUCGCCGAUGCUCGUGAGAUUGAAGAGGGAGAUGUGGGCGACAAGGCGGACGAUGCGCCGCUCAGCCCCGCAGUGCAGGCCGUGCUGGAUAGGCCAGCGGUGCAAGUGCCCGCGUACGUCAAUGAUCGAAGCCAUUCACUGAGCGAAUACUUUGUCUCCUCCAGCCAUAACACUUACCUCACCGCCGACCAGCUUGUCGGCAAGUCUUCCUCGACCGGAUACACACACACGCUGCUCUCAGGCGCACGCUGCGUCGAAAUCGACGCCUGGGAUAAUGAAAAGGAUCCAAGCGAGCCCAAAGUCACGCACGGGAUGACGCUCGUUUCGCGCAUUCCAUUUCGCGCAGUCGUUAAGGUAAUGCGCGAGUGCGUCGACCGCGAGCUGGCCGAGUCGCAGUUGUCGAACGGCGCGCUACCGCCUCCCGCGCCAGUCAUGCUCUCGCUGGAAAAUCACUGCUCGAGCGCGGGGCAGAAGCGGCUUGUUGAGAUCAUGCACGAGGAGUGGGGCGACCGCCUCGUCUCGGACAUGCUCAUAGACGGCGCUGGCGGCAAGGUGGACGACGUAAAGCUGGAUCAGCUGAGCGGCAAGAUUAUCGUCAUGGUCGAGUGGUACCCCGAUGAGCGCGAGGCAACCGCUGCGGAGGAGCUCGAUAUCUCCUCUUCGGACGACGAGGAGACGAUCGCCGCCAAGAAGGCAAAGGCAGCCGCCAAGAAGGAGAAGAUUAUCCCCGAGCUUGCGGCACUCGGCUGCUAUGCCAACAGUGUCAAGCCGAGCAGCGACGCCUGGCUGCGCGGCACGAUGAACGAGCCGAAGAACCACUUGAUCAACCUGUCCGAGAGCGCUGCGGGUAAGAUUAUCAAGGAUCAGCGCUCGGAGAUGGUUUCGCACAAUGCGAAACACCUGAUCCGCGUGUACCCAAAGGGCACGCGCAUCACCUCGCGCAACCUGUACCCCGUGCCGUUCUGGAACGCUGGAGCGCAGGUAUGCGCGCUGAACUGGCAGACAUUUGACGCGUCAAUGCAGCUCAACGAUGCCCUGUUCGCGGGGACAAGCGGAUGGGUGCUCAAGCCGCCGCAGCUGCGCCGCCAGCUAGCACCGCCCGAGGCGGGGCGCACACGCCUCUCGCUCGAGGUCGUCGGCGCGACCGACCUGCCGAUCCCCGCGGGACACAACGCGGAGGACAUCAAGCCGUACGUGACCGUCUCGUUGUACCAUCCCACAGAGGGCGACGGCGGCGGGAACGGAGACGGCAAGCGGAUCAAGCAAAAGACGGAACACUACCGGCAGCACAAGCUGCACAUUCUCCACCGCGGGGAGCAACCGCCGCCUGUGCACGCAGUGUGGAAGCAGAAGCUGACAUGGGCGCCGUUUGGCAAGAGCGAGCUCGCGUUCGUGCGUUUGCUCGUCAAGAGCGACGACCGACUCAGGAAGAACCCUGUGUUUGCGGUCGCGAGCAUGCGCCUCGCGUACGCGCCGACUGGCUACACGUUUCUUCGCCUGCUGAGUCUCGCAGGGAGGGAGACCAAGUCGACACUACUGGUCAAGUUCACGCUGGAAGAUGCAUGAAUUCGGCUGUGGGCAGUACCUUGCAUGGCGUGUAACCCCCCACCCAGGUUGUAACAUGAUACAGGCGAUCGGGCCGCAUGGGAUGGUGCAGUGUGCAAGGGGCAUAUGUUUCCGGAUGCGCUGGCGGUGCAUCCAGAUGGCCGUUCCUGGCAAAACGCGGUA